AUGCAUUACCAAGCUCUUCUCGUAGCAUACUUUUGCUCCACGGCGGCUGCGCUGCCUCUUUCCACAAAGACCACCCGCCAGAGCAUCCCAGGCUUUGGGAGUGGCACCGGCACCGGCUUCCCAGGUCUCCCCAGCGGCGGCAACACUGGCGCAGGCGGCCUGGGCGGCCUCCUGGGUGGUCUAACAGGUGGCUCGGGAAUCCCUUCGAUCCCAGGCCUCGGCAGCGGUGGCAUCCCGUCUCUCCCAAGUGGACUUCCGGGCCUCGGCGGCGGCGGGGCUGGCGCAGGCGGGCUGGGUGAUCUCCUGGGCGGCCUCACAGGCGGCGCGGGAACAGGCCUCGGAAGUGGUGGCCUCCCGUCUCUCCCGAGUGGCCUUCCGGGCCUCGGCGGCGGCGGGGCUGGCGCAGGCGGCCUGGGCGAUCUCCUGGGCGGCCUCACAGGCGGCUCCGGGACCCCUUCAAUCCCCGGGCUUUCAGGCGACAGCGCCGCCCCUGCGGCGGGAUCCGAGGCCUCCCCCAGCCCGACCGACGCCCUAGCCGACACCUCCGCCUCGCCCAACACAGCCGCGGCCGCCCCCGCAGCAGAAGGCGCAGCCGGCUGCAAGGCCGUGACGGUAAUCUUUGCGCGCGGCACGACGGAGCCCGGCACGCUGGGCAUGGUCGUCGGGCCGGGCCUCAACACGGCCGUCGCGAAGGCGCUGAACAACAACGGCGUCGUGACGGGGGUCGCGUACGCCGCGUCGGCGGGCGGGAUCGCGACCGAGAUCGGCACGGGCGGCGCGGGGACGCAGGCGAUGGUUAAAGCCGUGGCGGACGCGCUGGCGGCCUGCCCGGACACGCAGAUCGUGCUGUCGGGCUACUCGCAGGGCGCGAUGCUCGUGCACAACGCCAUGAACAGCCUGGACGCGGCGCAGGCGGGGAAAGUCAAGGCCGCCGUCACGUUUGGCGACCCCUUUGUGGGCCAGGCCGUCAAGGGCGUGCCGGCCGGCGCGUUCAAGUCGUUCUGCGCGUCCGCCGAUCCUGUCUGCACCGCCGGGGCCGGCGCCUCGCCGUCUGCGGGGGGCACCAAGAGCGCCAGUGCCUCUGGCCACCUUGGCUAUGGGUCUGAUGUCACUGCUGCUGCGGAGUUCAUCAAGGGCAAGGUCACCGUUUGAGGUGU